AUGGAAACUGAGGUUAAGGCAGCGGCUGCCGAACAAAAUCCUGAUACCAAGCAUAUUGAAGACCUCUUCCACCCUCAAAUCACCGAGGGCAUCAAGGAGAAGCAAGUUGCGUCUGUCAGCUUCCAGAAUGCCCUAGCUCAAGAGCAACUGAAUCCGUGGUGUCGGAGCUCCUUUGCUCUCUACGGUGUCAUCGUCGUCACUACGCUGAACUGCUGCAUGAAUGGGUUCGACGGUACACUCAUGAGCAGCAUCAAUGCUAUGCCCUACUUCCAUAGCUACUUUGGCACAGCCAUGGAAGGCAGUGGCACGGGCCUGCUAUUUUCCAUCUACUCUUUCGGCAACCUGGUCGGUGCAGCCUUUGCAGCACCUCUCUCUGAUCUCUUUGGGCGUCGCGUUGGCAUGUUCACAGGGUCUCUUUUCAUUGUUCUAGGCGCUAUCCUUGAAGCGGUUGCCAGUGAUGUAAAGCUGUUCAUGGGUGGCCGGUUCUUAAUCGGUCUGGGAGUUAGUCUGACCAAUACGGCGGCCCCUGUCUACCUGGUCGAAGUUGCCUUUCCGCAAUGGCGCGGUCUCUUUGGUGGCCUAUAUAACGUUUGUGGAUACUACAUUGGAGCAAUUGCGUGCACCUGGACGUCUUAUGGAACUGGCUUCCUUGCGUCCAACUGGUCUUGGAGAGCUCCAGUCAUCAUCCAGGCUGUCCCAUCUUUGAUCGUUAUCUUCACGGUGUUUUUCCUCCCCGAGAGUCCACGUUGGCUAUGGGCGGCAGGAAAGCAGGAGCAGGCCCGCAACAUGCUCGUCAAAUACCACGGCAGUGGCAAGGAAAGCUCGCCUCUCGUCAAUUGGGAGUGUGCUCAAAUUGAAGAGGACUAUCAAUUCGAAGUUGAGACGGGUGGCCGCCGUUGGUGGGACUUCAAAGCGCUGUUCAGCACCAAGGCCAAUCUUUAUCGACUUUGGCUGAUCUUCCUGGUCUCGGUCUUCUCCCAGUUCAUUGGUGGCUCCGUCAUUAGCUACUUCAUGCCGGUUAUGCUGGAGAAUGCCGGGAUUACCAGCUCAAGCCAGCAGCUGCUUAUGAACGCCAUCAACACCGUAAUAUCUUUUGUCAGCGGUCUCAUUGGAACCGUCUUUGUCGACCGGUGGGGCCGUCGUCAGCUGUUCCUCUGGGGAACAUUCAUCACUGGUCUUGUCUAUAUCCCCAUAAAUGUUCUUGCAUCUUUUCCCGUACCUGAAAUUACCCAGAGUAUGGGAUACGGCUUCAUCGCCUGUAUCUUCCUCUACGGCGUUUUUUUCUCCUUUACCUGGUCCACGUUGCAGACCGUGUAUCCCGCGGAGAUCCUUCCCAACAACAUCCGUGCAAAAGGCAUGGCUUUCCAGGGCAUUAUUAGCGCUGCUGCUAACUUUGUGAAUUUCUACGCGACCCCGACUGCCCUAAAGAACAUUGGUUGGAAGAUGUAUACAAUUUUCUUGUUAUUCCACUUCCUCGAAUUCGCUCUCAUGUUCUUCACUUUGCCCGAGACCAAGGGUCGCUCUAUCGAAGAGCUCACUCAUAUAUUCCACAGCUCUAAUCCCGUUAAGGAAUCGCUACGAAAGACGACUGUCAUAGUGUGCGAGAAGGAUGGUAUCAAGGAAUCUGCUGCAGAAAUGCCUUAA